CUUAUUUUUUUUUACUAUAAAAAAAAGUUCAUAAGUCCAUUACUAAAUUUAUAAAAUUUCGUUUAUUUCGUUAGUUAUAUAAAAAUCUAGGCAAACAUGACCGAGGCAACAAGCACCCCAAACCUGCCUUUCAGCAAAACAAACGAUCAAGAACAGGAUAAGAAAUUGCUGGAGCCUUUCAGUUACAUUCUGCAAGUUCCCGGGAAAAAUAUCAGAUCCAAACUCGCCAGCGCUUUUAAUUACUGGUUACAUAUACCCGAUGAGAAACUAUCCCAAAUUACGGACAUAGUCCAAAUACUACACAAUUCUAGUCUACUAAUCGAUGAUAUCCAGGAUAAUUCGAUAUUACGAAGGGGGAUCCCCGUAGCGCAUUCCAUAUACGGUGUAGCGAGCACUAUAAACUCAGCUAAUUACACGUCCUUCAUCGCCUUAGAACGGGUCAACGAUUUAAAUCACCCCCAAGCGAUUUCCAUAGCUCUAGAACAAAUAUUAGAACUCUACAGGGGCCAGGGGAUGGAAAUUUACUGGCGCGAUAAUUUCGAUUGUCCCAGCGAAGAAGACUACAAGCAGAUGGUGAUAAGAAAAACUGGAGGCCUGUUCAUGCUGGCUAUAAGGUUGAUGCAGCUCUUCAGUGAUAAUACACAAGACUUUACGAAGAUUACUGGAAUCCUAGGAUUAAUUUUCCAAAUAAGAGACGAUUAUAUUAAUCUCACAUCGAAGGAUUACAUGCAGCAUAAGAGCUAUUGCGAAGAUUUAACUGAAGGAAAAUUUAGUUUUCCUAUGAUUCACGCUAUUAGAAGUCAGCCAGGGGAUCCCAGAGUUAUUAACAUUCUCCGUCAAAGAACCAAAGAUAUUGAAGUAAAGAAGUAUUGCGUUUACUUAUUGGAGUCAUUCGGAAGUCUCGAAUAUACGAAGAAAACUUUAUUGGAUUUGCAAGUAGAGGCCAAAGAGGAAAUUGAAAAACUCGGGGGAAACCCGUUCAUGGAAGAAUUCCUGCUGUCUUUAGGCAAACUAUAACUUCAAAUUCUUCGGAUUUAUUUUUAUAUACAUUUUUUCAUUCUGUAUUAUUAUCUGUAUUUUGAAGGUUUGUGAUAAAGUAUAUUUUUAUUGUU